AAUCGGACUAAUCAAACUUCGGACAGUUAUAUUUUGAAAACUAAACAUGAUUUUCCAGUGAUUUUUGCACUAGAUAUAGAUCAUCACAAUAUCUGUUAGCAUGGUAAAAAUCAAAGCAUUACCUUCUUUCUUUGUAAAGAUAUAAUUUGCUAAACACACUUCGUAGAUUCACACAAUAAUCGGCCGUGUUAACUCAAUUUUCGUCACUUAGCCACAACGAAGCAAGCUUUGUUCCAAGAAUAGUUUUGUACCACCAGAACUUUAGUACUGACUGUCUUCUUCAAAUACCACUGUAAACAUCUUGGUCAUCUUUGCUUACUGUUCAGGUAUUAUACCUUUUUAGUUAAUUAUCAUUAUCGGUCACACCCAUCUUCAUUAAUUGCUGCAACAAAGCACGAGGCUCCUUGUUUGUAUUUUUGUUUGGACUCAUUGAAUCUCUCAGCUGCCUUUUCUUAUCAUAAAUACUACCUCUAUUGAAUAUGGCGACACGCCCAUGUACAUACUCUACAUGGCCUGAAAUAAGCAUGACGAAUGCUAUCAAAGCAGUUGAAGAAGAGGGGUUGACAGUUAGAUUUGCAGCGGAGCUAUAUGGCAUUCCCAAAUCAACACUUUAUGACGGGAUCAGGGGAAAUGUUCAACAUGGAACUAAACCUGGCCCAGUGCCGUAUCUUACAAAAGAAGAAGAGGUUAUUUUGGCUAAGUUUUUAAUCAAAUGUUCUCAGAUUGGAUUUCCCUGCACAGUUUCAGAAGUUCUUGCACUAGUAAGACAAACGAUUCAGUCAAAGGGUUUAAGUGACGUCUCAAUUUCUUAUGGAUGGUGGCAGAAAUUUUGUAGCAGGCACAGUGAAUUAUCACUUCGUACUGCUGUGCCUUUAAGUCUUUCAAGAGCCAUGGCCACUGAUAAUAGUGUCAUACAAAAGUAUUUUGAUAUACUUGAAGAUACACUUAAAGAAAAUUCUCUAUUCAACAAUCCAACUCGCAUAUUCAACUGUGAUGAAACAGGACUCCCAUUGAAUCCUAAAUCUUUGAAAGUUGUGAGUGGUCGUGGAGCUAAGAAUGUCAGUCAAAUCACUGGAGAAGGGAAGUCUCAAAUCACAGUUCUGGCAUGCACUUGUGCAGCUGGAGUACCGUUGCCUCCAUUUGUAAUAUUUGAUCGUAAGACCUUUAAUGAUCAGCUAAUGGUAGGAGAAAUACCAGGUACACUUUAUGGCUCAUCUCCAAAUGGAUGGAUCAGUAGAGAGCUGUUUUUGUACUGGUUUCGUAAGCUGUUUUUAACGAGUGUUCCUAGGGUACGUCCUCUCCUUCUCCUGAUGGAUGGUCAUUCUACUCAUUAUGGUCCUGACCUUAUCAAGAUAGCAGCUGAAGAGCAAAUUUUAAUAUUUGUAUUGCCACCCAAUACCACUCAUUUAACACAGCCACUUGACAAAAGGUGUUUUGGGCCAUUAAAAACUGCUUGGAAGGCUGUGUGUCAUGAGUUCUGCACUAAAAACCCUGGUCGUGUGGUAACCAGAUACGAUUUCUCUGUAUUAUUUGCUGAUGCAUGGAGAAGGUCAAUGACACAGAGAAACAUUGCAAGUGGCUUUGAAGUAACCGGCAUAUGUCCUUUCAACAGAAAUGCUAUUAAAACUGGCAAUGACAAGCAAGAAACCAUCAGCCGUUCACUGUUAGACCAGACUGGUCUAGCAUACAUACCGCUCUAUAGUCCAGACAUAAAGAGAACGAGGGAUCAUGAUUCUUCAUUCAAUUCUAGUCUCUUGGAGAGAUCACUUUCAGAGAAUGAUUUAUCGCAAGCUGUCACUCCAAUGCGAAGAGUAAUGCCUAUAGAGUCUUUUCUGAAAACUCCUAGUCAUCCCAGUAGCAAGUCCACCCUGAAGCCUAAAUCAUGCGGAAGAGUAUUGACUAGUGUUGAAUUCAUGACAUGUAUAGAGGAAAAGGAAAGAAUGAAGCAGGAAGCCUUGAAGGAGAAGGAGCGUAAAAGAAUUGCUAGACUUGAGAACCAGAAGGAAGCUAAUAGAGUAAAAGAGUUGAAGAGAAGUGCAAAAACAGAGAGAGUUAUACGUACUGCUAAGGGGAGUAAGGGAAGUGUUAGAACUAAAGAAACAACUGUAAGUCCUGCUAAUGCAACUACUGCUAAGAAAAAAUCAGCUGAUUAUCCUACUGCAAAGAAGAGUGUUCAAAGUGCACAUAGAGUUGAUACAAGAAGGAGUGUCAGAACUAAACGUAAAAUGGAAAGAGUUGGACAAUGUACAGUGAAUAAUGGUAUUGCUAAAGAUGCAGUCCCUCCUACUACUUAUGCUACCAAAAGGAAUGUUAAAUCUAAAGGAGAAUCAGUGUUCCUGUGGGGAGGGAAUAGGCCUGACUUACCUUCUGUUCAUGAUUCCCCACCGAAGAGGAAAUUGUUGUCCACCAUUGAUAGACUGGAGUUUAGGACUGGUCAUUGGUCCUCUCACGUCACCAGAGGAACUUCACCUCCUCUAGGAGCUAUAGGAUACUUCUGUACUACCAGAAACAAUGACAUCUUCUUUUUUGGCGGCUAUUGUGGACACGACUUCUGCUAUUAUAAUGACGUCAACUCAUUUAACAGUUUAACAUAUGAAUGGAGUAAUAUAAUACCAACCAGUGAUGCUGUAAUGAAGAGAGGGUAUGGUGGUAUGAUGUGUAUGGAGUCUAUGGGUACAGAAUACCUAUUUAUGAUAGGAGGGACUGGCUCUAUACCCACUACAUACCAAUCACAGUAUCAGUAUAUUCAGAUUGGUAGGAGUCGUAUUCGUACUAACGAACAGAAUUUAUUAAAUUUAUCAACAAGACAAUGGAUUAUUCCAACUAUUAGUGGUCAGUGUUGUCCUCCUACUAGUGCCUUUGCUAUUCAAAAGAUUUCUAAUAAUAAAGCUGUCAUGUUUGGUGGAGGAGUGGCUAGUGAUGAUGGUAGAAGUGAUAUAGUUGUUAAUACAGUCUAUACAUGUCAACUGGUGUCUGAUACUACAAUACACUGGGAGAGUGUUAAGGGACCAGUAGUACCUGCUAGUGUACAGUGGCCUGUGAAGAGACGUUAUUAUGCUAUUACUAGUAUCAUCAGUGACUCACCUACACUAGUAAUGAUAGGUGGAGAUGGUAAGGGUCAACUAGUAAAUGAUAGUUGGUUACUGAAUACUAGUCAGUACCAGUGGAGUAAGAUUGUUCUACCUGAAUCUGUUACUGGUAGAUGGGCUCAUUCCUUAUCAUCAAUAAUGAUGAGUCCAGACUGUGUGUGGUUGGUGGUAGUGGGUGGGAAAGGAACACGUGAAUGGAAAGAUGUAGGAAGAGGAUAUGAGGAACCAUUUUCUAACUAUAUCACUGAUCCUAAUAUCACAAUGUUAAUAGAACUAGGUAAGAACUGAAGUAUUUUGUAUUGUAUGUACUGUAUAGAGGGAUUUAUUGGAGAUACAACUUAAGCUUGAAUACAUCAUUGCUGGUAUUCCAUAACAUAA